AUGUUCCGAUCGAUUAUAUUCGUGACCCUGUUCACCGUUUGCCUCGCUGGUAUCAUUCACCACCGGCAGGACGAUGAGGAAGUGGCAGAAACCGAACACCACCAUAACAUUGACCACAAGCAUGCAACGUCGCAUCAGAGCUUCAAGUUCCAUCACUUCCAUGCCGUUCCAGUUUACGUCAAAAAGGAGGACCAACAGUUCCUGAAGCACCCGGUGGAGGUGUCGGGAUUGAAGCACAACCUAAAGAUUGUCCACCCGGAGACGGAACACAACCAUGGCCAUGGAUUGACACUGGAGAACCACAGCGAGUUCGAAAGUAAACUACACGGCGGACAUGGUUACGAUCUGGGUCAUGCCGGUUCGGAACAUGUAGCCCAAGAUUAUGGCCAUGAAUACGAACAUCACUACGGUCAGCUGGAUGAAGGCGAGGAGAGCUAA